ACUGUCAUAUGUCAAAACGCUCAAAAUCUCCUAUGUAAAUCUACAAAUUCCCUAAAUUUAACGUAAAAUAUUGAUUUUAUGCCAAUAAAAUCUUUAAUGGGUGCGUAACGCGUUAAUCACAUUUACUUUUUACCAGAUAAACUCGAAUUUAAUUGAAAAAAUCGUAUUUACGAUUUUUGAGGUUAAGUUGUCAAUCAUAAAAAUGGGUAAAUUUAUAAACGGAUUUAUUCUCAUCUCUAUACUAUGUACGAUCGGUUUUAUUUAUGGAUUAUUAAUGUUUCUCUCCGAUUUCGAACCUAACAAAUGCGAGAUGACCUAUAUGUUCGAAUACCCCCAAUUCGUGAGAAUAUCCGUUCCUGAAGAUCAGUAUUUUAAAAAGUAUUCUUUAUACGCUUAUAGCGAAGGUAGGUUAACGCAAAAAUCGAGAAAUAUGCAGUUUGAUGGUAUUCCGGUUUUAUUUAUUCCUGGAAAUGCUGGUUCUUAUAAGCAAGUGAGAUCAUUAGCGUCGGUGGCGCUUCGAAAAUCGAUUAAUUCACGAACAACGUUUCAUUUCGAUUAUUUCACCAUUGAUACUAACGGAGAACUUUCCGGGACAAACGGAGUUUUAUUAAACGAUCAAAUGACUUACGCCAAUUAUUCAAUGCACCGAAUUUUAAAUUUGUACCCAAAGGGUAAUCGGAAGCCUAAUUCGAUCAUUUUAAUUGGUCACUCGAUGGGGGGAAUUGUUGCGAAAGGUUUAGCUACAUCCCUACGUAAAGAUAGCACUUUAAUCCCUUUAAUAAUAACGUUAGCAGCACCACAUCAAAGACUCCCCAUCGUUUUUGAUUACUACGCCCAUCGUUUUUACUCAAAAAUUGCUUCGAGCGACGAUACACUAUCUAGUUUAGUUGUAAGCGUUUAUGGUGGUCACAACGACUUUAUGGUGAGCCCAAAUUUGGCGAAAUCAAGUGGAGUAAGUGCUGUUGUAACUCAUGUUCCGAAAACUUGGUUAUCAACGGAUCAUUUAUGCAUCUUAUGGUGUAAACAAUUAAUCCUUGUAAUUAAUAAGGCUUUAUUUGAAAGUGUCGAUUACGAAACAAAACAAUUAUCGACCGAUAAAAAUUACGUGAGGAACGUUUUUGAAAAUAACUUAUUAACGAACUCAGGAAUUAAAACGAAAUUUCGAGAUAGAUACGAAAUAAAAGCAACGAUUGAUACAAACGGAGAAUGGAUCGAGUAUUUACCACGUCAGUACUCGAUCAAAUUAAUCGAAGGAACAAAAAACGUUAAAUAUUACAUGAUCCGGCUAUUUCAUAACCCCAAACACGAAAUGUUAUCGUUAAUGGCGAUUAAUUUAAAAACGAUCGAUUGGGUUUAUGUUUGUUCGGCUUCGGAGAUUCAAGGAAAUAGUCGUGUUUGCUCCCACGGAAAACAUUUAUCUCACUUAUCGUUAAUAGCACCGUCAAAACGACAAAAACGUCGCACUUUUGAUAUAAAUCUUCACGCUUUACAAGAAAAAUAUCCCGCCUUUAGUCACGUCAUUGUUAAAAUUCCAAUAACUUCCGAUCCGAUUACUUUACACGUUGAUAUUUUCGAGAAUAACCAAAGAAGGGUUGAGGUAAAAUUACCAAAUCAAUUCAUGCAACGGUUAACGUUGAAGAAACAGGUUAUUGUUGAAGAAACGAUUGAAAAAGCGAUCCGUUAUCAGCUCGAUUUUCCAAAAUUAACGCAUAUCAUGCAAGUUUUUUUGUUGCAUGUUGAACCGGUUAAAUGUCAUGGUAAUAUUUACCAUACAACGGCUACUGUUGUGAGUCCUUGGAGCGGGGAAAGUUAUCAUCAUCAUUUUACGGAGGUCGACAAAGAUCCUUUGGUGUUGAGAUUGUUUGCUUCAAAACCAUAUGAUAAUGACAAUACUGGAGCUUAUGUUCAAUUAACAUUAGAUCCGGAAUGUCGGUAUAAAAUAAGCAUUGAAGCAUCAAUAUCGAAACAAUUCGCUCAAUUCGCCCGUUAUUACUCCCCAUUCAUCUUCUCAAGCGUCGCCUCGGUAACUUUACUAGUUUUAGUAUACCAAUUAAAAGGAGUUUGCGAAACCCAACACUUCCCCAUGUUCUUAACCGGAUUAAAACUUGGAGCGAAACCUUAUUAUUUCUUGCCAAUAGUAAAAAUCGCAUCGCAAAUUUUAUCAAUCCCCAUUUUAUUAAAAAUCUUUCCCCGUCCCGAUUGGAACGUCAUCCAACACGAAGGUCUAAACACAUUUUUAACCCCAAUUUUAUUAUAUUUGGCCGCCGUCGGAAUUGUUUGGGUCCUCUCAUUAUUUUUAAUGAUAACCCUUUUCGUUUUUGAGUCAACAAUUCACAAGAUCGUUUUAAAAUUAAUUUCAAAAACCAUUCAAACACCCGCAAGUUGGUCCGAUUGGGUUCUUAGCGGAUUCCAAAAGUUCCCGACGUUAGUGGCAGCUUGUUUAAUAGCAAUUAGUACAACAACUUGUGGCGGAUUAGCUUUGGCUUUAGGGUGUAUGUUUUAUUUCUUUAAGUUGACUCAGAUAUCUCAAGAUGUUAUUGAGAAUAUCGUUAAAAAAUUAUUAAAAAUCGUCGGGGUUUGGAUCAAGCAAAUAUUUAAGAAGAGUGAUUCUAAAACUGCGAUUACUUCUUCUCCUGUUGAGAAAGAUAAUGAACAAGAAAAUGAUGAUAAUGAAGAUAAACCAACAACUUCAGAUAAAAAGGAGGAUGAAAAUGAAGGGAUAUUUUUGUUGCUUCGCGAAGUUCUCGAAAACAACGAGUUAUUUUUCCACUUCACCAUGUUUUCUUUAUGGUUUUUGGUGACGUGCAUAAAUAUCCCAACAACAUUAACUUGGGCCCACAACUUCAAAUACAACCCAAAACUCAUAGUUGAUCCAUCCUUUAUCCCCGGAUUAAUUCUUUGCGGUUGUGCAAUUCCUUUAUGGCAGAUGGAAUUACCCAAAGUGUCCAAAAAAGGAUACAUUGAGAUUAGUUACAUAAUCUACUUCUUGGCGGUUAUUGGACAAAUUUACGGCGUAUUUUCUUUGUACGUAUUAAACUACACUCUAACCGGAGUUAUUUUCAUCGUUGUUUUGCAUCAAUUGCUCGCCCCGAGAGAAUUAACGACAAACGAUGAUGGGGAGCCGAGUUUUAAAGACGCCAAAGCUAAAAUGGAGUAAUUUGAUGUUAUUAAAAAAAUCUUGCUGUGAUAA